UUUGUGUUGUUUGUUACCAUCACCUUAUCAUCACCUUAAGUAACGUUUAGCAAGAAUCAUCCUUGAACAGGCUUGCAAUCUUGCUCAAUGGUCACUUUGAAAAACUCAUUGCCUUGAAGGUGGCGUGAUUGGAAACAAGGAAAACAGGGUAUCAGGGAGCGUGGAAAGUCAUUGUGUCAAAGAUGUUCUCUUACCUGUCUUCAGCAUUUUCGGCUUUGCCAUUCUCGAGCCUAGCUGCAAGCUCUCUAUCGUCGGCUCUGCAGAAUAGGAUAUUGCACUACCUCCUAAAACGAGCAUUAGGAAGAAUAAUAAAAGAUGGCGACCUCAAAUUGGAUCAGAUCGAAGCAGGUAUCGUGAAUGGAACAGUAGAAAUUCGAAACGUUCAUUUGAAUUCUGAUUUCAUCAAUGAUGCUUUACGACAAUCACCAUUUCGUAUGGAUUAUGGGCUGGUAGGAUCGAUCUUUAUCAAUAUACCCUGGUCGAACUUAUGGGCUGGUCAAUUGAGCAUUGCAAUAGAUGAUGUCGAUGUAGCGCUUUUCAUUGAUGGUUCACAUAUGUCAAGUGAUAUGUCAACAUCCAUGUCGGAAUCCAUCUUGAACGUUGCAGAAGAUGUAUUUGAACAAGAUGCAGAGGGAAGAGAAAUCGAAGAGAGCAUUGCAUCUUUGGUGGAUGUAUCAUCGGAUAUGGAAGAGCAACCGCCGGAAGCGUCAAGUCAAGGUUGGGCUGCAUAUGUCGUUUCCUUAGUUGAUGGUCUGAUUGCUCGACUGCACGUCUCCACGAAGAAUGUUCGCAUACGCUUCAAAAACCAAGAUCAGCCUGCCAACGCUCCUAUCGACAUUCAGCUCCGACUAGACGAUCUCCAACUGAAUCCGGACGAGGGGGACUUGACCAGGAAUGAGCUAUCGCGUUUGCUGACAAUCUCGGGAGUAAGCUUAUGGCUGGAUGAUAGAAGCUCGGAUGACGAGGUCAAUGAUGACGACUCAUCUUCUGCGGGCUCGGAAUCUUACAUGCAAUCUAGCCAUGCAGAUUUGAGAUCGACGAUGACCGAAUCGAUGGCCGAGAGCAUGUAUGCUAGCGCAUACGGUGGCGAUGAGGAUGAUGGAAACGCUUCAAGACGGGCGAUCCCUCUAGGUCCCCAUAUAAUUGCAAGAAGUGUGGGUGAAUCGAUUGAUGUUCGUAUGAAAAUGAUGCGCACCCAGGUUGGAAGCAGGAACACUUUGGUGAAUGUAUCGGUGGGAAUACAAUGUGGACUUGGUGCCAUCUUAGUGACACCCGAUAGUCUUGGCGCUGUAUUGAGAUUUUGUCAAGAUGCUUCUUCGACAUUUACUGCUCUAAGCACGGACGAUGGCAAAGCAGAAGCAAGGAUAAAGUCAAGCUCAACAGAUUACGAAGCGGAUCUUCAGGUCACAAGCAAAGGUUGCCAUCUCAUUUGCGCAUAUGAAUUCGCUUCGCUGAUGACACCACAUUCGUUCAUGGAAUAUCAAGAAUCUGUGGAGAAUUACUGGCUUCGACCAGGUCGCAAUAGUCCACUUGCAGGUCACUUUCGACUUCGUGUGCAGGACUUUGAAGCACGUACGAUGAUCAACCGACAAGGCACGCAACUAUCCCUUCAAAUAGGCGACAUGGGAUUCUAUGAACAACUUGCGGUAUCAUGGACCACGCAGAAGGAAGUCAAUUCUCUAUUACCUAUUCUCAUCUUUGACAAGGGAUUGAUAGAAGAAGAAGAUGAAGAGAAGGGAAAUGCACAUUACGCUACCGAUUGGCGCGCUGCUUCCAUUAAAGGUGCAGAGAAAUCCAAAUCAGGUAUGCUCUUCCGCAAAAUGGACUUUUCCGAGCAAGGGUGGAAAGUGAAGUCACGCAAUCGUCGGCAAUCGUUGCCUUUGGGUUCUCCAUCAGUUGACCCUUGCAUUCGAUUAGAAGGGUGGUUGAGCAAGAAUCCCUCUCGUGAAGAAGAAAAGGAAGGGGUCAGGAUACAGUCUCUACCUAUUCAUCUCUUUGUGGACAAUACCACAGUCGAUCGUACCUUACCAUUAGUGCACCACCUUGGCUUGAAAGCGCGACCGCAAGGAAAAGACAAGUAUGGCUUUGACUCAAUGGCUGCCUCUUUCGAGACUGUACAUGCACACAUUCCCACAUCGCAAAGCGAUGAUGAAACGGUCGAAAAGGAGCAAGCUAGUAUUCUCCCAAUCGCGUUCUCGUGCGAUCUACUGCGAGUACAGCUCCGCAUCUCAGCUACCUCCAACACCAACACCAUGCAGGAAGGGCCGAAGAACGUUUCCCUACGCUCAGGCAUAAUGACACUCGAUUUUGAAGCCAUUGAAAUUGCACAGAAGCAGCAUCUCAGGGCGAGCAAGAUCGAAAAGCACAAUCUUAGAGGAGUCCACUUUGAAUCAGGAAACGAGUCACCCAAGCUGCACGACAUGAAUGUCUCUGACAAGUACGAGAAAGAUUGUAACAAGUCAUUAAAGGUUUCACUGAGACAGAUCAAAGCCUAUUUCACCGAUCUAGAAUCUCAUCAAGCACACUCGAUUGCUUCUAUUGGAUCGUUGGGGUCUGAAGAUCAUGUUGACACGCCAUUACCACCUACGAUCGAGUAUAGAUCCUUCGAAGGUCAAGAAUCGCAAGAUGCUCAAUCGAUCGCUGAUUGUAGACUACCUCUGAUCGAAGUUACCUUGUCAAAGCAUCUUCUUGAUCGAAUCGAGCUCAUGGCAGAUGAUCUGUCGCUAUGGUACACCAACAUACAAGAUUGGAAGGUGCAUUCGGAAGUAGACAAUGCAGCAGAAGCACUCAAGAUUUUGGGAAGUCGAUUUUUUGGUGCCAAACAAAGCUUUUCAACCCUUUCGAGUAGCUCGGAAUUGACUGAAAUUGGUGCCCGUAAAGCCAAUCAAAAGCCUCUCUUUGCCUUGGCUAUUCAAGAAGCUGAGGUUAAACUCUUGGUUGGAAGUAGCGAUAAUGAAAAAGAGGUUUUGUUGCACUCCAAUGACAUCUUGAUCCAUUUUGAUGCUCAACAUGCAGCCAAUUCGACCCGAACGACUGUGUCAAUUGCAACUAUUGAUGUUACUCACCGUCAAGAUAGUGACGGGCCAAAGAAUGUGAUAUUGAAGCGUACUUUGCAGCCCUCAAUCACACGUCGUGCUGCUCCUAUGCUAUCCGUUCAGAUCACAUCUACUACAGAACCUGGCACUUCAUAUCGUGGAUCGCAAAUUGAUCUCCUGGCUCAGAAUUUCACUUUUGUUUAUGAUGGGAAUGAUGCGAUUGUAUAUGACCUGUUGGCCUUCACCCGUUCACCAGAAGGUGCUUUCGAACACGUUCAACCUAGCGAGAUGACAAAGAUUGCCGUGCAGAUCAAAGAGGCGUCCUUGGAAAUUUCUCCGCCAAAGGUACCAGCGCUUGCUGUCGUAUGCAUUGGAAAUCUGUCAGUAAGAACUAAGCUUAUAUCAGACUACCCAAGAAGCAGUUUGCGCAUCAAUCUUGGCGAAACGAGUCUUUUGCUAGGAGAAGGCGUGAAAGCGGAUCAAGAACGUGAAGUUCGAGCAAGAAGAUCGAUUGAAUUGUGGACCGUACGAGGACUUUUCAAGACUGUUAAUGUGGAUGACGUACGCUCCACGAUUGUGUUGAGCAAGUUGACCAGGCCAGAAAUUGACGUCAAGGUGUCAAAGAUGGCCGUUGAGAUUUUAGCUUGCGCAGAUACGUUACAUUUGGUACAAAAGUUGGUCGAAGCAUUCCCUAAACCAACAAAACCAGCUAAGUCGAAAGAGAGCGGCCAAAGGCAAGCUUACACUGGUACUGAGAAUAUCUUUUCAAGCAUUAUUGAGGAUACAUUUAGAAGGGCAAAGGGAUGGAAUGCAUCCGUUGAUUUGGUGGAUGACGAUAUCCCACGACAUCCCGCUUUCUUGAGGGAAAGUGAGAGAGGCAGCAAGGAAGAUGUGAUGGAUGCAAUGUUGGACGAAGAGUUUCUCGAUUCAGCUGAUGAAGAGAAAGGAAAACGAAAGAACAAAACAGAGAACAAGAGCGCGAUCCUUCUGCAAAAUGAUGUUGUUGCUGUUCGAUUGUUGGAUACGGAAAAUGGAAUUGCACCUUCUAGCAACUACUUCACAGAUCCCAACCUGAUUGCUACAGAUAAUUCGACAAGUAAUGGAGAUCAAGCACCUUCUCUACGCUUCACUGUACAGGACUUUGACUUGGUUGUGAGGCUCUUUGCUGGAUACGAUUUGGUCUCUACUAGGACUGCAUUGGAAGAAGAGGCAAAGCGUGUUCGCAGACGCUUACAAAAGAUUCAACAAAUGCUCGAUCAAGGACAGGUGCCCGAUGAUAGUGUUGAAGAAGCAGCUGCUUCACUUUUUGAUUCUGUUCACCUACCUUUACCUCAUGGCAAGGCGGCAGUCGAGAUGGAAGCUGGGGAGCUGAUGAAGAUUGUGGAUGAUGAACUGGAUGACGGAAGUGAGUCUGCUUCUUCUGCCAGUACCUGGAAGCAAUUUGUGCCGGGUAGACUAUCUUCUUCAGGCUCUUCUACACCGACAAAGCGCAAGAGAAGCAAGAUGGCAAGGUCUAAGGAUUCUUUGAUCGAUAUUGAGCUGAAGGGAAUACGACUUGAUCAUCAAGAAUUUCGAACAAAGGGCGAUCUAUCUUCUCGUACAGAUGUGCAGAUUCUCAAAGUACGCAUUCUGGACAAUGUGCCCACGUCGACUUGGCAAACGUUCUUGACCAGUUUAGCAGCCAAUACUCGGGAUGUCCGCUCUUCUUCAAAUCCGAAAGAUAUGGUACGCUUUGAGAUUUUGAAUGUGUUACCGACCAUCGAAGGAGACGCAACAGAAGUUCGCUGCAAAGCAAGAAUUUCGCCUCUCCGGUUGCAUGUCGAUCAAGAUGCGCUAGACUUCCUGAAAAAGUUUUUCACGUUUGAAUUGCCGAAAGGAAGACGUUCAAUCGACGCACGCAAUGAUGACAUUCCUUCGCCAAAGACGGAGAAAGACGAGCAGGGCCCGUUCAUUCAACAUGCAGACAUUUAUGCCAUCAAACUCAAGCUAGAUUACAAGCCAAAGAGGGUAGAUUAUCGAUUGUUAAGACAAGGCAAAACGAUUGAAAUGAUGAACUUUUUCAAUUUUGAAGGAAGUGCAAUCACGUUACGUCAUAUCACACUUCGUGGAAUAAUGGGAUGGCCGAAAUUGUUUGAUACUUUGAACGAAUUAUGGACGCCUGACGUGAAAUCGAAUCAGCUUGCAGACGUUCUUAGUGGAAUAACGCCGAUACGAAGUCUGGUCAAUGUAGGAAAUGGAGUUGCAGAUUUGAUUUUGCUGCCUAUCGAACAUUAUCAACGUGAUGGAAAUUUCAGUAGAGGAUUUAGGGAAGGUGCGAAACGAUUUGUCAAGAGUACAGCGUUGGAAGCUGCACGGAUCGGUGCUCGUUUGGCAUCGGGUACUCAAGUGAUACUGGAACGUGCUGAAAACGUGCUUGGAGGUGAUUUGAGCGGUAGAGAGGGCACAUCGACAUACGUUGCAAAUAUGUCAAGAGAGGAAAGGGAUAUGGCAGAAGAAGGAUCAAUUUUGAUCUCUGAUGAAGAAGAAGUGGAAGAAGGGCAGGCCAAAAAGGCAAAAUUCAGUCGAUUUGCCAAUCAGCCAAACGAUUUACGUCAAGCAAUAGACGAAGCACAAAGAGGCAUAAGCAAAGGUUUCAAUGAAGCUGCUCAAACGAUCUUGGCUGUUCCGAUGGAAGUAUAUGAUCGUAGAGCAGGCGAAGGAGGCUCAAAACCUGUUGUUCGAGCUGUUCCGAUUGCGAUCUUGCAUAGUGCUGCAGGAACAUCGGAAGCCAUUUCGAAAACAUUGCAAGGCGUUCACCGUGAGUUGUCCGGCGUUCAUUUAGCUGACGAUGAAGAGGAGAAAUACAAGAAGCCAAACAGAGGCGCUUCUACCAGUUCCAGAAAUACCACUUCAAGAUGAUUAGAGGGAUUUGUAUUUCUAAUUCACACACAUGUACAUUAAAUAUAAUUUUUGUUCCAGAGUUGAUCGUUUCAACCAAAUGACACAUUGUGCAAAG